UCAGCCACUGGUCUUCAAUAUAGUGCUUAAUAUUCAAUGACCUGUGAUCCAAACUAACGCAGGGGACGUCAAAACAACAGUGCUUUAAUCUCAAAGAGGGAAGCACGGGGGUGAAGUGAACUACAGCACUUGCACUUGAAGCCACAGCUUGCCGUCGGCGAUUUUUUCAAACUUUUACUUUUGAGGAUUCGUUUGCAAAGUCGGGAUGGAACGGCGUCUCGUAUCGUAUGCAAAUACGUCUGCUGACGUGAAGAAACGAAACGUUGAAAAUAGAAGCAGCAGAAGAGGGAAAACUUUUCACACAGGACCGUGAUAUUACCGAAAGUUGCACACUUGAGAAGGAGACCGUCUUUGACAGACAGUGUGGUUUGGGAUGAAGUCUGAUGAAGCCUUCCAUUGGAGCUGACAUUCACAGUCAGCGCAGUCAUCAUUUACUGAUCCUCCACCAGAACAAGAUCUGCCCAUUGGCCAUCAACAAAGCCCCCGUGCCCUGCACUGUCCUACUCCCUGACCAUGGCUAGUCGGAGAAAGUCUUCAACGCCCUGUAUGAUCCGACCAGAUGACAUGGUUGCGGCAGACGAUGCAGAUGACAUGGACUCCUGUGUUGACGGUACAGAGGAGAAUGGAUCGUCUCAUGUCUCUUCUGCUGAGGAGUGGACAGACAGGAAGAGUUCUAUGAACUCUAUUCAGGUGGCAACAGAGCUGGAGAAACCGGAAGCAAAAACUCAACCGCCAAGAAAGCUCCAGGGAGGCUACGAAUGCAAAUACUGUCCGUUUUCCACACAAAACCUUAACGAGUUCAAAGAACAUGUUGAUUCCAAUCACCCCAAUGUUAUACUCAACCCACUGUACUUGUGUGCCGUUUGCAACUUCAACACAAAAAAGUUUGAUUCUUUGACCGAACACAACGAGAAGUGCCAUCCUGGGGAGAACAACUUCAAGUUUAAAAGGAUCAAACUCAACAAUCAGACCAUUCUAGAACAGACAAUCGAAGGUUCAAACUACGCAGUCAUCUAUGAUGCCACCAACCUUCAACCAGGUGAGGCCUUCCCUCCGAGCAAAUCCUCAGGAGUUAAGAUGGGCAAGCCAAAAGCAGACAGUAUUCGGUUGCAAGGAGACAGCCAGAGAGACACAUUCACUCCAGAGCUACCUAAAAAGCAAUUCACUGCGCUGAACGUGAACGGGACUGUGAUAAUCCCGGAUGCGACACUGAAAGACGGAUUCUCGCACAUCAUGCCAUCCCUUCAACGCCCACCUAACUACAACUUGGUACCAAAAAUCGCCGUCCCCUUGAACACUUCAAAAUACAACCCCUCGUUGGAUGGGAACCUCACCCUCAUCACGUCCUUCAACAAGUUUCCCUACCCUACCCAAGCAGAGCUCUCAUGGCUCACUGCAGCGUCUAAGCACCCAGAAGAACAAAUUAAAGUAUGGUUCACUACCCAAAGGCUGAAACAAGGCAUCAGCUGGUCUCCAGAGGAGGUUGAGGAAGCACGAAAGAAAAUGUUCAAUGGAACUAUUCAGCCUGUUCAACAGGCCUUCACUGUCUUACCUGCUCAGUUAACUCAGUCGACUAAAUCGUCACAGUCCCUUAUCCAGACUGUUCCUUGCCAUGUUCUUGGACAAUCCAGUCUAGUGUUGGCACCUAUUGCCAACGGCUCCACUGCAACUGCUUCUCCUCUUGCACUAACAGUUGCAAAUCAAAUAGCACAGGGUGUCAAAAGGCCCAACACAGCGCCACUUGUUGCUUCGGAGGUAAAGAGGCCUUCAAUAAUCCAGUCCGUUCAAAGCACUCCCAGGUCUGUCUCUCCAACACCAAGCCUUUCUUCAGAUUGUGAGAAAACCCCUGAUCAAAUCAGAGAGCUGACCGCCAGCUAUGCUCAGUGGCAGUUUCCUGAUGAUGAAGAAGUUUAUCGUCUCAUUGAGAUGACUGGCCUCUCCUGGGGAGAGAUCAAAAAAUGGUUCAGUGAUCAGCGUCAUGGAAACCAUAAGGCAGCACAACAGAUUAAAGCAGACAUGUCUUCAAGGGAUGGCCAACCUCAUAAGCCUGUUGCCACACAGUUUCCACUUCUAGAGAGAGUAAAGGGCAAAUCGUCUGAGCAAAUGAAAAAGCUGGAGGAUAGUUUUCAAAGGACUAGCUAUCCAACACAUGCUGAGAUAGAACACCUUGUGGCCGAGACCAGGCUCUCCAAAAACGAAAUCGAUUGCUGGUUUUCAGAACGACGUGCACUACGAGACAACCUAGAGCAGGCCUUGCUCAACUCCAUGGGAUCAAAAAGACUCGAGCAUCACCUUCAAAGGGGAACCUUGAAUGGAGUCCAUGAGCAGGAUAGCCGAGUAAGGGACUCGCCUCUUCCCAUUCUCACCUCAUCGGUGUGUCCAGAAGCAAUCGACGGAAAGUCUCUGGGCCUUCUCAAAGAUAUGUUUGCACAGACCCAGUGGCCCUCGCCUGAGGAGUACAACCAACUUGAAAUCCAAACAGGGCUAGCUCGUACAGAAAUCGUCCGCUGGUUCAAGGAGAACAGAUCUGCUCUGAAGAGUGGAACCUUGGAUUGGAUGGAGCAGUUUCAAAACCUUAGCAACAAAAGACAGAACGGGCAGAACAGCUCUGUGAUCUUGGAACAAGCCCAGAGUGUUCUGCAAAGGCAUUUCCAAGAAGCGAAGGUACAAAAGGGGGAGGCUUUUGAGAAACUUGCAGAGCAGUCAAAACUAACCAACCAAGACAUAGUUGACUGGUUCACCAGUAAGCUGGGUAACAACAUGCCUGACAUCAGCAAGAGCAAGGACCAACACGGACAGGCAAGUGUAGACGGUAGGAGGUGGGUUUCCUUAGCACCCGACACCGAGAGCAAAGACUUCGACGGGCAGAAACUGGCACGAGAACUUGAAGUGUUGUCCGCAGAGCACAGAGUGACGGGAUGAUGUUGUGAAGAGGUAAACAGGCUGCUAUGACUGAACUUGACGGGCCUGAUGUUUAAGGAAUGUUGCACAUGGAACCAAUGAUCUCAUGUCUGGCCUCUGACGGUAUCAAAGAAAAGAUGGACUGGGAGCUUCUGUGAAACACCGAGUGACCACGGAGUGCCAAAGUUAGACUGCUAUGUUAUUAAGUGUUUGUGUGUUUGUUUUUUAAAAGGGCCCUUGUAAAUAUUUUUUCUGUACUUUGACAGAUUUGUAAGAUCUUUUUGAAGAUGAGACUUUUGUUACGUUUAUAUUAGGAGUCCCAAGACAUUUCCCCUAAUCCCCUAUAAUGGAAUGUUUAAAAGUUUUUUUGUGUGCGAGAAGAGACGAAACUAAUCAACCUGCUGGCGAAGAUGGCACGGUCAAAUCCAAGAGAACACAACGUGAUCUGCAAUGGCACUUAAUAUUUCAAGUGGACACGUAAAAGCAGUGCUUCUACAGAAACCACCUCAUUCCAGAAAUGAGGUGAUGUUAUGGACUGGAGUCUCAUACUCUUCUUUCUCGCCAAGGGGACAGUGCCACAUGGUGGAUGUAAUCAAAACCGAAACUAAUACAAUACAGUGAUGCACAGCAUAUGUUUAUUUGUUGUUAUAGGCUAAUUCUUUGGCAAUAUUACAGUAACAGUACAAAAUGAUCUUUUAACAUGUUGCAUUUUCUGGUAUCCAAGGUGUAGUUCCAUUUUCACUACUCUGCUGUGAACUGCUUCAGCAAGCUUCAGUGUAUUUCUUUUUCCUGCAGCUGCAUAAGUGUCCCGUUCAGACAUGUAUCCGGAAUACUGUACUGCUACCAAGAAUCCUGCUUGCUCUUUAUAAGAACCAAUCUGCUGUAACUCAAUAAAACACAACUGAUUGAAAUCCU